AUAUGAAGCACGCGUGUUGUCUUUACAAUUUCUUAUAAUCGACCAUUCAUAAAACAGGAAAAUAUAAUUCUGUGAAUAUCAGCCAAAUUUAAUACUGAAUCUAAUUCUUUCCUUGCGGUCACCAAAUAUAGAAACUAUUCAAUCAUAAUGUUGCGUGGAAUCAAGAUUACUUGUCUAAAUAGAUGUUAUCACAGAGAUCGAUCAUUGGCCUCCAUUCUUCAGCGUUUAUACGUAACACAAGUGAAAUCCCACAAAGGGUCAUAUCCACUGAUACAAAAAUGCAAUAUUACACAAACCGCUUCCGAAAAUACACAUGAUAAUAAAUUAAAAAAACCCGCUUUGGAAAACAAACAUAACAAGAGCUCUGAAGACUUAGACCGUGCCUACAAUGUCCUGAAGGGUACACUGCCAAAAUUGUUUGUCGAACCCCUGGACUAUUCCAUCUAUAGCCCAAAUCUGAUAUUUCAAAAUAACAUUACCGGCAAAUACACGGUAGGUUUGUACCACUAUGUUAAGCAAAUAGCGAUUCUCCGUACGGUUGGUCAUUUGAAGUACGCAUACGUUAAAUUUGAAAUACUUAAAAUAACUAAACACUCCGAGGAUUACACAGUGCGCAUCAGAUGGCGAGUAAGAGGCAUAUCGGGCUUGAAAGUAAUGUUCCAAUUUUGGAAGUACAAAGUGUGGGCGCUGCAAGAAGUACUUAAAGACCAGGAGUCUUGGUACGACGGAUAUUCCAUCUGUUUUCUGGGCGAUGAUGGUUUGAUCAGCAAGCAUGUUGUUGACAAAAUAAUGCCGGAUGAGAAUCGUGAAAUAGUUACCAACAAUUCUGGUUCAACGCUGCCAACAGGGUCCGUGGCGGCAACGGCAUCACAAAAAAUUAGUUUUCAUCCGUUCAGAUAUUCAUUGUAUCCAUUUUCUAAAUUAUAUUAACUGAUAGCAACACAAAUAAAUUAAAAAAAAGUUACAUAUGCAUUACA